AUGAAUUAGUCUAAAGGAGGUUCUAAUCUUGCUAAAGGUAGCCAGAAUUAAGGGUAGAAGAAGACAAAUUAAGCACAACAAUUGUAGUAAGUACAUAGAGUUUAAAGUCUUCCUUACUUGAGUCCUGAACAAGACUCAAUGAUGUUCAAUGCAACCGCUCCUCAAAAUCAAUACUCGAUUGCAUCUCCAACAAGGAUAGAUGAUGACUUCGUUGAUAAUAAUUUCAAUCAAUCAUCAGGUUAUCAAAUAAACUCAGUACCUAAUAAUUUUUAAAAUAACAAUCCACAAAUUGAAGAAUGUGUUAAGUAAAAUAAAGAUACUUAGGAAAUCGUAAGAAAGUAGAUUGACCAGCAAUCGUUAGUUCUCUCAUUCAUACUUGAUGUUUUAAACCCAUUCUUAUAAGAGAGUAGAGAGAACUGUGAAAAGUAUAAUUUAGCUUAUUCAAAUGCAAAGGACUUAGACUAAUAAGUAGAUAUGAUUGAGAAAAACUCUAUCUUAAUAUUCUAAUAAAACUAGUAUAUUGAGAGUCACAUAUCUCCAAAGUUAACCUAGAUUAAAGAUUUGAGAAGAUAAAAAAAUAUGGUUUAAUUAAAGAAGUAAGAGAUUAUUUUGCUUGAACAGUUUCAAUCUAAAGAAAGAGUUUAAGAAUACAUCGAUUAAUAUCAUGAUAAGAUUAUAUGUCAGAAUAUUAACGAUAUGCUUAAUGAAUUAAACUAUUCUGACACUGUCUGUGGUACAAUUUAUGAGAAUGAGAUGGGGAAGCUUGUAAUUAAGAUAUAAAAUCUAACUGAGCAAUAAAAUCAGAUUGAUAUUGAAUUGAGUUUGAUAUGA